GUUCGAAUCGCAGCCUUGGAUUUUUUUUUUCCCCCUCUUCAAGUUAUCGACAUCGUCAUCAUCGUCAUUAAUGGAGCCGAUUAAUCAAAUUUAGCUUUCAAUCUCAGUCGGCCACCCCUUGUUUGAUCAUUCUGAUCAGGCAUUGUAGAGAGAGGAGAGAGAAGCACAGCUGUUUCUAGGUUUUAGUUUUGAACCUCCGACACACCCACAACCAUCGACACGCCAAUCCGGCACCGACUAUUUGAGCUUUUUUUAAUUACCAAAAUCUUGCCCUUUUCUGUUUUCUAUCCAGAGAGUCUUUGGCAAAAUCUGGGUUUUGAAUUUGAAUGGCGAAUCUUUAUGUCAAGGCCGUGCCACCGGCCGAUCUGAACAGAAACACCGAGUGGUUCACCUAUCCAGGUGUGUGGACCACCUACAUCCUUAUCCUCUUCUUUUCAUGGCUGCUUGUCCUCUCCGUCUUUGGCUGCUCUCCUGGUAUGGCUUGGACCAUCGUCAAUCUCGCCCACUUCGCGGUAACAUACCACUUUUUCCACUGGAAGAAAGGAACCCCGUUUGCAGAAGACCAGGGAAUAUACAAUGGAUUGACAUGGUGGGAGCAGAUAGAUAAUGGAAAACAGCUUACUCGUAACAGGAAAUUUCUAACAGUUGUCCCGGUGGUGCUGUACUUGAUAGCCUCUCACACGACUGACUAUCAACACCCAAUGCUCUUCUUCAACACCCUUGCAGUGAUCGUGUUGGUUGUGGCAAAGUUCCCCAACAUGCACAAGGUUCGAAUUUUCGGAAUUAACGCGGACAUGUGAGGAUAUUGUCAAGUCAAUGGGACUUGGUUUACUUGCUGAUGAGCCUCUUAUGAUCCUUCACUUGUUCUGGAAAAAAGUUGUAUCUUUGUAUAGAAGUCAGAACUGGAAGGAUACUCAACUAUGUAAUGUUUUGUGCAAACUGCUUUUUCAGGUUGCUUCUCAGAUUAUAAAAAGGAAUAAAUAUCUCGACUUGUUAUUGUACAGUAGAUAA